CUUGAUGGUAGCAGCUCUGAACUCUCAGGAAGGCAAGGCGAUUGCUAGAAAUAUCCUGCAGCAGAUGCUGGACCACAUACACUCGUUCCUUACUAGGCUUGCAGGACUGAUCACACAGAGAAAUGCAUCGAAAAGGAACUUUGCAGUCGUCCACUUAUUUCUAAGGAUCCCUAAGGAAACAUGGUGAGCAAAGAAGAGGACAAAUGUGUGCUGACAUCCUCGGAAAGCGAAGUCGAACAAGCGGUUUCACUUGCCUUAGAGAUGAAAUAUGCCCUGGACCCCAACAGACAGAUCAAAAAAAGGAAUAAAGCCCUCCAAGUGAGGUUCAAAGAUAUUUGCGAGGCUCAAAAUGAACAGAGGGAUAAACAGCUUUCUACCGUGCCGCAAACUGAGAAGAAAGACAGCAAAUCUCUUUCCUACAAAGCUUAUCGGAAGUACAUGACCGUGCCCGCUCGGAGGUCUAUACCCAACGUAACAAAGAGCACAGGGGUCCAAACUUCUCCGGAUCUAAAAAAACGCUACCAAACUUUUCCUCUAGAUCGGAAAAAAGGGAAUAUUUUAAAAAACCCCACCGGGGCGGAUCCGUUAAAAAACCACAACAAUGGAUUUAUAAUCGACGCAAAGGAUAAAAACUCAGGGGAGACCGUUCAGUGCAGCAGGGUCAACGAGCAAGUGGUGGGAGACUUGAUGAUACACUCAAGUGAAGACAUGGACGCCAUUCAUCCGCUUUCUACUAGUAACUGUUCAGAUUCAUGUAAAAGCACCGACUUGCACAGCUGUAUCAAUGAGUCCCCUACUUGUCAAAAUCCAGCCAACACUUCUUUGGAACAGGUCAUCUGCCAUGUUCAUGAAGCAUCAAAAUAUGAUAGACGUCCACUGGGGAACAUGCAGUCUAAUCAACCCGGAAACGUAAAAGUGCUUUUGAAAGAAGAAGCCACAAUUCAUUCGCCUACACUUAACCCAAACUUGACAGAUCCCGAGGAAUCCAAUCCUGGGAAUGAUUCUGAAAGGACGCCGAGUACAUCGACGGAGGAAGGAAAUAAAAGAACUGCGCAUCUUAAUGGCUUGCAAACGCAAGACGUACAUACGAAAGCCUGUCCGACCCAGUCACAGUGUCAAGCAACGGAAUGUAGCAACGAACAGGCCCUUCGGAUCAAUGUUUUACCCACGGAAAAAAAAGGGCCUUGUCAGAUAGCAGUUGCUUUGAGUGGUGAAUGCCAACAAAUUGUGCCUCACACUGAAGUAGUAGACUUAAAAGCACAGGUCCACACCAUGGAAAAUCUGAUAAGUUCAAGCCAGGAAACCAUAAAAGUGCUUUUGGGUGUUAUUCAGGAGUUGGAGAAAGGAGAAGCGCACAGAGAGGGGCUUUCAUAUCGAACUGGCCAAGAUACAGCAAACUGUGACACAUGCAGGAAUAGCGCAUGCAUUAUCUAUAGUGUUGAACUGGAUUUCAAACAGCAAGAAGACAAACUACAACCAGUCUUGAAAAAACUAAAUCCUGUUGAGGAAUCUCAGGUUGCACCUUUGCCUUAUCCUGCAGAGAGUUACACAUCAACUCCCAAGCAAAAAUCCAAAACAGAAUCAAAAAAACAUGGAAGAUGGAAACUCUGGUUUCUUUAGCUGAACCUCCUGGAAAUAGAGCCUCAGUCCUUC